UCAGCUUAUUACACAGUCGUAAUUUUCAUACAUUUAUAAUCAUUUCUGCUUUAACAUGCAGUAACUUACAAUGUUUCGGGCCUCUUGUGCCCACGUUGCUUUACUAAGUGUGUUUCACAAUAAAAUGGCCAAUAAUAUUUAAUGAGCACAGCAACAUUACGGCAUGUUUACUUUUUCUCCAGUUGCAUGCAUUGUCCAAGCUAACAUGCUAACUACCAAACUACCUGCGCUAAACAGAUGAAGCCAGUUUUUAUCCUUCACUGCUUCCUUCCUGCUGCAUCUUCUCGUCCUCCAUAUCUUUUAAUUUCACGUCCAACCGCUCCUUCUCCGACUUCCUGUCCGAGGCUUUUAUUCUGGGGCUUUGUUCUUUCAGGGGCAGGUCUCUGGGGGUCUGGUCCUCUAAAGCCUUGUUGCAGGUUCUGGUUCUCUGUCCUUCUCUUUAAUGAGGUCCAGCUGGGUCAGUUUGACCAGCUGGUCCUCCUUCCUCCGGUCUGGUUUCUGGUCCAGAGCAUCGUACUCAGCUUCAGGCCUCAUUGCGCUAAAGAGGCAUUUUAUACCUCAGGACCCUUAAAAUAUCACAUUUUCCACUAUUCCUGACGCCAAAACUGGUUCUUUGAAAAAAGAGCUAAUUUUGUUUCUAAAUUCAAAAUAAAGCAACAACACUUUUGGACACAAUAAAAAAUGACUUUUCUUCUGAUAAACUAUGACUUGACUCAUAUUGGCUGAAGAACAUUUGGCGGUGAUAUAUUUAUUAUUCAUGUUGGGAGACUUUUGAAGCCUUAAAACAAGUUGCAGAUGCAGUUAUCUUUAUUUUUAAAAGCUAUGGUUUGUUCACCGCGGAUGCAGCUGAUCGGUCGACCACGUGGUGGCAGCAGAGUGACGUAACACAGGUGGAGCAUGUCGUGAAUUAUUGCGACUCUUUACUCAAUGCGAGAGGAACUGACUUCUUCAUGAUCUUCCUCCAUGCGUUUUUCUCUGAUAAUUCUUAAAUAUUGAUCACUUUGAAUCUCUUAGUGUCUCUUUGGUGUUGCCGUGUGUCUCUUGGUGAGUUGUUGUGUGUCUCUUGGUGAGUUGUUGUGUGUCUCCUGGUGAGUUGUUGAGGUAUUUCUUGUAUGUUGUCUUGUGUGUUCUUUCUUUCUGUUUUGGGGUUUCCUUGGAGUUGUUCUCCAUCUCUUCUGUAGCUGUUGGACAACGUGUCUCUUUGUCUCCUCGUGCAGGUCUUUUUUUUAAUCUCUUUUGUUGUUUUGUGUCUCUUUGUGUUACUGUGUCGUCACUUAAGUCUCUUCCUCGUUGGUUCCGUGACACUGGCACCCUCCGGACACCUGGCCCUCGUGCGCAGGUAGCCGAGUGACCCCCCGGGGUGCAGGGCGCGUGCUCGUGGGCGACGACCCUUCCUGCUGGUGGGCGGAGCUUGUGAUCCUCUGCGGACGGUUUCAAAGUCCCUCGGAAAUCCCAAAAUUCAAGUCAAUAUUUACAAAGCGGUUUAGUGAUUAACUGCCCUCUUGUGCUGCAGCUGCCCCGAGUCCCAGCAGGCACGCGCACACGCACGCACAAGCAUAAGCGAGCGCACACGGUCUCUCGGUCCGCUCCACGAUGCUGUGCGUCCCCGUCCGGAGAGGUCUGGGUCCCCUGUGCAGAGCGGGUCCCCUGUCGGCAUGGACGCGGCCCCAGAGCCGCUCAGCGGCCCGCGGGCCGGACCUCAGCGGCAUCUACCCCCCCAUCGCCACCCCCUUCACCCCCGGGGAGGACGUGGACUACCGCAAGCUGGAGGAGAACCUGCGCAAGUACGCCGAGAUCCCGUUCCGAGGCCUGGUGGUGCAGGGCUCCAACGGGGAGUACCCCUACCUCACCGAGGAGGAGCGGGUGGAGGUGGUGGAGACGGUGAGGCGGUCGCUGCCAACCGACAAACUGCUGAUGGCCGGAUCGGGCUGUGAAUCCACCAGAGCCACGCUGCGCCUCACGGAGAAGAUGGCGGCGGCCGGCGCCGACGUGGCUCUGGUGGUGACGCCCUGCUUCUACAAGGGCAAGAUGGACGGAGCCGCUCUGACCCAGCACUUCACCAAGGUGGCGGACGGCAGCCCGGUGCCGGUGGUUCUGUACAGCGUGCCGGCCAACACGGGCCUGGAGCUGCCGCUGGACGCCGUGGUGCAUCUCGCCCAGCACCCCAACAUCCUGGGGAUCAAGGACAGCGGGGGGGACGUAAGCCACGUGAUACGACUCAACCAGCAUUUACCUCCAGUUGUCUGGUUCCCUGAACGCUGCAGGCUUCAUCUGAGAGAAAGAAACCAAUCAGCCGAUCAAUCAAUGCGGAGUCGGUUGUGUGUGUGUGUGUGUGUGUGGUCGAGGGUCGCAGCAGAAGAAGAGGAGCCUGAACUCGUUCCUCCCGCCGUGUGUGGGAAGCGUCUGCGAGAAGCCGCGCGGAUGGAUUCGCGGUUUGGGAGAGCGGCGGUGUUCGUCCACUCGCUGGGAGAGCGAGCGGCGUGGGCGUAGUUCAAGCACACGGCGGCCCCGCUGCAUUGUGGGCGUGAGGAGGACGCGCGCGGGAAAACAGGGGGUCAAGGGUCAAUCUGAGGAACGCAGACAAAAGUUGCAGAAAGAUUAUUCGGCGGCGCGCAGGUUUCCCACGCGGAGCGUCUCUCUCUGGCACGACGCUCGAUGGGAGAAACGCUCGGCUGGGAUUUAAUGUCCUGAUGUUUUGGACCAGAAGCAUUAAUUCUAAAACGCUGAUUAAUCCAAAGAUUAUUAUUUUAUCCCUUGUUGUUCUUUGCUCUUUAAUAGUCUCAGGAAAAAAACUGUGAAAUAUCUCCAAAAGUCUGAUGACGUCCUCAGAUCAUCGGUCCCUCCGUGCACGUUAGCUACGUAGCUACGUAGCUGCGAUGCUACGCCAACAACCUACGGACCUCCGUGGUCACUAUAACAACCAGCGUAAAGGCCCAAAUCCCAGCAGGUGUUCAGAAGGCUCCAUGGCCUUCAACAUCUAUGCCGACCUGUUACACAGGUUCCUCACGUGGGAGCAGGAGCCAAAGAGGAGUAGAAUAGAAACAUGUGUAGACAACAACAUCUCAUGCGUAAGAUGAUUAGAACGAGUAGUAAACCGAAUCAUUAUGGAAUAAAUUACAAGGAAGAAUAGUAAGCGCAGCAGUAGAUGUAAGAGAAUAACAAAUGAAGGCAUCAAUCAGCCGCUGGUUCCUC